CGCGAACGGUCGCACUUGGGGGAACCUGGAAGUGACCCCAUGCUUUGCAUGUGCUCAGUCGUUCUUGGACUUCCGAGCAACUUCAUGUUCUUAAAGUCGCGCGGGCAUUUUUGGCGGACUGGCUCUUGCGUCGAUGUUCCAGGGCAAAGCAGAACUGCUCAUAGGUUGGUGGUUUGGGUGUUCAUCCCUCUUUGCGUGUGGGGUUUCCUCAAGGGAGAGCGUAUAACCUUCAGCUGCCUCAUACUUGAGGAGAGCACUAGGUGCAGCAAGUCCAAACUCUCGUAAAUGUAAUGGAAUCUGCACAACGAGGGAUAUACGUGGCUGAGGUGGGCUGACGUUCGUGAGUUCGUGAGUCGGUGGUGCGUGAGGAGGUGGGCUUUCAAGAAACCUCCCGACGUCUCGCACUUCGUCUUCAUUCCACAAUCGGUCCACUUCUCUCGGGAAGUCAGGAGACCUCUCGUGUUGGCCUGUUUGCUCUCGGGCUCCAUCGGUUAGAUUCGUUUCCAACCCCUGCACGUAGGUCACGCACUUUGACAUCCUGGUGUGUAUGGGCCCGAGAGUCUUGACUAAUUAUGCCCAGCGGUUCUCCAAAAAGGGGUUCUCAAUCUGCGGCAAGUCUGGCAGUUUGGCCACCGACAGCGCAAUGUUGCCUCAUGUUCACCUUCCUCCAAGUUGGUGGCUGCAUCCUGGCCGUGAUCUUUUGUGAGCUUGGGCCUCUCCACACAGCCGUCCACCACGCCCAAGAUGAGCUCGCCCUGUUCAAGGUGGCACGUUGGGUCUUGGUGCUCCCAUGGAUUUUGAUGCUUAUCAUCCAUGCAGCAGAGAGGUACAGGCGAACUCCCAGGACCCGAGUGCUGGUGAUCUCUGGUGUGGCAAUGAUGGAGUUCUCAAUUGCCAUCAGCUACUACACCAUGCUCGCCUACGGCUAUGGUGUAGCAUUCCAGAAUCAACGGUCCAGCGACGGUCGGCCCAUCUACACGCUCCGCUGGCUUGGAUGGACUUUUGCCAUUCCAACCUUGUUGUUCAUGAAUAUGUACCCGAUCAUGGACACCCAUCCUCCUCUCGAUGUGGCAGCACGGAUUUUUCCCCAGCAAGCUGUAACAGCAGCAUAUUGCCUGGCUUGCUGGUUGGGAUGUAUCCUGUACAAUCCUUCGGUUGGGUGGGCUUUAAUUGCGCUCGGCUGCAUAGCCUACAUCGUUCAGGUGGUUGAUGAAGUGGUGCUUGUGUGCGAUCAUCUCUUGAAGAGCACACAGCCUGUCGUCAAAGGCUACAGUAUCAUCCUGGUGCAAUGCAUUUUUGUGAUCUAUACAUGUGUGUACUUGAUGGGCAACCUUGGCUUUGCCAGCUCCUAUGCAUGCCAGCGCUUCUAUACUGUGUCAGACCUAUCGCUCAAAUCGUGCAUGGCAGGUCUACAUGUUUUGUGCUGGUGGAAAGACGAGAGAGAUCUCAGGGAGGCAGAGAAGGCAGAAUGAGGCAAGCUGUGCAGUGGCCGGCUGGGAUGGUACAUUUAUAAGAUCCAAGGAGCCGAGCCGCACGCAAAAGAGUAAUUUGUCG